AUGAACCACAACUGGCAAGCCGUCUUCUUCAGCGAAAACGUGAACGCGCCAAAGGGCAUCAAGAAGCGAGGCCCUCCCGGCGAAGCGGAGGAGAGGAUCCCUCUAGUGGUGACAAACAAGUGCGAAUCGACAAUCUGGCCUGGGGUUGCCACGCAGUCGGGCACAGGACCCGGAAUUGGCCGAGUAUGGGGCCGGACGAACUGUACCGUCAACGGAGAGUCGUGCGCCUGCAAGACGGGAGACUGUUUUGCAAAGUUGGACUACGAGUUCAGUGGAGCUACUCCUGCAACGCUGGCAGAGUUCAACCUUGCCGGCGGUGUUGACAACAAGCAGACGUUUUACGACAUUUCCCUCGUCGACGGCUACAACAUACCCAUGGGGAUCAACUACAUCCCGGCGAAGAACACCACCUUUAUCCCGCCAAACCUCACCAACUGCGCCUGCAUUGCCACCGCGGGCUGGGUGUACUCGGCCGCUGGCAACGGCACCUUUUACUCCAACGCCACGUACCCAAUUCCACUCGAGUCGGAGGAGACAAACGAGAGCGUCAGCGCGUGGUGCCCAUGGCUGAAUCUCGCAUUUCCUCCCACUGAGCCGGGAAACGGCAUCUACCCCUAUCCCGACGACAACGUUCAGCGGCCUGCCUUUGCCCCGUGCAACAGCGCAUGUGCCGCCACGGGGUCGGACAAGGACUGCUGCAUCGGCAAGUACCACGAUCCCAACAUCUGCAAGCCAUCUCUGUACAGCAAGUCGGUCAAGGCAGUUUGUCCAGACGCCUACAGCUUCGCCUUUGACGAUCAGACAUCGACCUUUAUCAUCCCCAAGGGCGGAGGCUGGGAAGUCGUCAUGUGCCCCGAAGGCCGGUCGACGGAUAUUCUGCGCAAGCUUGGGCCGGAAAUGUUUGAGCUGGCGAGUGGUGGCAAGCUGUCGACUCUGUCCCUCAAGAGACUUCAAAACGCAACCUAUGUGAGGGCAGAACGCGGAGAUGCGGGCCUUGCGAGACCAUGGGUAGCCAUGCUGGUUCUCGGGUUCGUCGUUGCUGCUUACAACUGGGCAUGCCUCUAA